GCUCCGGAAUUCAAGAUGGAGUCGCUGAGUAGAGCUGGGCAGGAGAUGAGCUUAGCGGCCCUGAAACAGCACGACCCCUACAUCACCAGCAUCGCAGACCUCACGGGCCAGGUCGCUCUGUACACCUUCUGCCCCAAGGCCAACCAGUGGGAGAAGACUGAUAUAGAAGGGACCUUAUUUGUAUAUCGAAGGUCAGCCUCACCUUACCAUGGUUUUACCAUUGUGAAUCGACUGAAUAUGCACAAUCUGGUUGAACCAGUGAAUAAAGAUUUGGAAUUUCAGCUCCAUGAACCAUUUCUUCUGUAUAGAAAUGCAAGCUUGUCGAUAUACAGCAUCUGGUUUUAUGACAAGAAUGACUGUCACCGCAUAGCCAAACUCAUGGCCGAUGUUGUAGAAGAGGAGACACGGCGGUCCCAGCAAGCUGCUCGGGACAAGCAGAGUCCCAGCCAGGCCAAUGGCUGCAGUGAUCACAGGCCCAUCGACAUCCUGGAGAUGCUAAGCAGAGCCAAGGAUGAAUAUGAGAGGAAUCAGAUGGGCGACUCCAAUAUCUCCAGCCCUGGGUUACAGCCAAGUAGUCAGCUCUCCAAUCUGGGAAGCACCGAGACUCUAGAAGAGAUGCCAUCGGGGUCACAAGAUAAGUCUGCUCCAUCUGGACACAAACAUCUGACAGUGGAAGAAUUAUUUGGAACCUCUUUGCCAAAGGAACAGCCAGCUGUUGUGGGUCUGGAUUCGGAAGAAGUGGAGAGGCUGCCAGGAGAUGCCUCCCAGAAAGAGUCCAGCUCAUUCCUACCAUUUUCUUUCGAGCAGUCAGGAGGAGCCCCUCAGUCGGAAAACCUGGGUGUCCAUCCUACUGCCCACCACUCAGUCCCACCUGAAGUCCCUACCCCGGUGCUGAUCACUCCUGCCUCCAUCACACAGUCUGGUGACAAACAGGCCCCAGGCUAUGCCAUCCCACUGCGCCCUGUGCUCAGUCCCACUUUACCAGCAGAAGCUCCUACAGCACAGGUUCCGCCCAGCUUACCCCGAAACACCACCAUGAUGCAGGCGGUGAAGACCACGCCGAGACAGAGGUCUCCACUCCUGAGCCAGCCAGUCCCUGAGCUGAGCCAUGCCAAUCUGACUGCCACCCAGAGCCCCUUCAGGGCCCCCCUGAGCGUGACAAACACAGCUGGUACAUCCCUCCCAAGCGUGGAUCUUCUCCAGAAACUCAGGUUGACCCCACAGCAUGACCAAAUACAGACGCAGUCUCUUGGGAAAGGAGCCGUGGCACCCAGCUUUUCCCCAGCAGCCGGCCAGCUGGCCACACCCGAGAGCUUCAUAGAGCCUCCCUCCAAGACUGCAGCAGCUCGAGCCUCAGCAGCCCUGAGCAACAUGGUGCUUGCUCCCCUUCAGUCUAUGCAGCAAAACCAGGAUCCUGAAGUCUUUGCCCAGCCUAAGGUGUUACCCAGCGCCAUCCCGGUCACAGGCCCCACACUGGUUACUGCAACAACCAUGGCAGUGUCUUCGGUCCUGUUGUCCCCAAGUGUUUUCCAGCAGACAGUUACAAGAUCUGCAGACCUCGAGAGGAAAGCAAGUGCCCCUUCUCCGCUGACUGUUGGAACAUCAGAAAAUCAGAGAAAGCCUUCCAUUAUUCUCAGCAAGUCUCAGCUCCAGGAUACAUUAAUACAUCUAAUAAAGAAUGAUUCCAGCUUCCUCAGUACACUUCACGAAGUCUACUUGCAGGUUCUGACCAAGAACAAAGACAACCACAACUUAUGACUGGAGCAGAAUAAAUCCGAAGGCAGAAUGUCGACCUCAAACAAAUAGGCCUCAUCAUGGAAACUUCUAAACAGAACAUUGAGUUUUGAGAAUCCUGAAAUUGAGCCUAUGAGAAAGAGACUCAUUCCUUAAGAAUGUUUUCCAAGUGACGUUCUCAGUGAUAAUGGAGGUUUCACUGUGAAGCAUCACCAGCAGACCUUUGUUUUGACAAAAAAAAAAAAAAAAGAAAGAAAAGAAAAAAAAACAUUGUGUUAAGUUGUGUGGGUGUUUUCAUCAGCUCUAAGAAAGGAUGUGAAAUGAGGAGUCUGGUUUUCAGCUUGCUUUCACUCUCAAGGUCUUAGGGAGGAGGGGUCACCAGCCUUGCAGCAGAGUUCAGCCCAGCCCGUGCCCCUUCCCCUGCUCCUCCCUCCCAGAAGUUUGAGUUUGAGCCUUAGGCUGAUGUCAAGUUCUGAUCAGAGCAGAAGUCAGCUCUGUGCAAAGUAGCUUUGAGUUUUAAGGAUCAGAGUUUAAGUUGGCAAAUUAGGACUGAUUUGUUCAAAUGAAGUAUAUUUUUAUGAAUGCCCCAUUUGGGCCUUAAAAGUUCUGAAACUUCUCAGUUGUGUUUUGUUCUUAAGUGUCCCCAGUGCUGCCAUGCAGCAGGCUCCCUGGGCAGCGAUACCAUGUGACUAGGGCCCCGCCAGGCUCUGUGAUGGUAUGGGAGUAGCAUGUCACACCUUUGAAGCAAAGGCUGCGGCUGGUAAAGACUGAAUUCGAUCAGAAACCUUCACUUUAUGUUAACCUCUUGAGUGGUUUUGAAAACGUUAAGUUUUGUGUGAAGUGUAGCCUUAUUUUCCUUUUCUGUCUAAACACAGAAGUCCUUGUUGAUUGUUUUCCUUAACACUUUGACAAAAGGACCAGUGGACCAAUCUAACAAAGCCAUUCUGGUUCCAUUCCUCGAGUCUACUGAGAGUAGUUUUAAAGCUAUGCAGAAAAGGGAGCUGUUAUUCACACUGCCCUUACUUUAUUAUAGAAAAUGGAGUUAAAAACAAAGUGUGAAAUUCAGAACUUUACCAAUGUAUUCCUAGGCUGUGAGUACUUUUGCAGCCCAAAGUGUGAAAAUAUGUAAAGAUGCUUUGUUAUGCUGCUAUUGACCUGCCAUGAUUUAUAUUUAUUCUUUUAUAGCAUGUAAUGGUGAUUAGUAAUAUUUUAAUGUAGAAUUUGAUUUAUUUCAGCAAUAGUAAUUUUAAGAUACUCUUUGAAUGAAAGUGUCUUCGUUUCUAUGAUACAGAUCAUUUUGUAGUAUUUAACCAAUUAAGAUGCACUGCUUACUUUUCUGAGCACUAUUUAAUGAUGGGGUCAAAACCCAGUUGGCUCAACCAGGUAGCAUAAGGAUUAGCUGUGAAUAAUGCUGGUGGAUGUGGUGGUUCCUCGGGAACAAUCAUUUUAAGCUUUAAUGGUAACUCAAUCAUAAAUCCAUAGAUUUUUCUUUUUUUUUUCCUUGCUCAGAUUUUAGAAAAUUACUUGUGAAUUACAUGCUUGUUUUAGUUUGGUCUUAGUUUUUUUUAGCUUAAAGAAUACUUUGAUUGGCUUUCGUUAAUCUAAAUGCUUCCUGGGCAGUCUUCUGCUUGUCAGUUUAGUGUCUUUUCUUGCUGUCUACAUAGUUACUUGUGAAUUGUGCAGAAGUCAGGGAAGCUUAGAAGUUCUCAUACUCAAUGGGGGAAGAGCUUGUUUUCAAAGGUAGUGUGUAAACCCAGCAACCAAAAAUGAAUUGAUCGUACAUCACCCAGGAAGGACAAUGUCGGAGCAAGAUCCAGAGUGUUGCUUACGCCAGGAGAUGGUGUCGGGGGAGCCACGUGACUGUGACUGUUCUCAGGAAACAGGUUUGAUCACACCCCCAGCGUGGUUCCGGUGAGCUUCGGUACAUGGAAGAAUCAAGGGAUUCUUGUUGUAAUAGACAUUUGACUUGAAAUGAUUUGAGUAUGUGUAAUAUUAUGAAAGAGUUAAAAGAGAGAAUAUCCUAAGGAGGGUCGGUAAUCAAAUCUGUUAAUUUUCACCCUUUCAUCCAAGGAAUGAAUAGGACAGACAGGAAAAUAGAAUCUAUGAUAAGUUUUCCGUAGUGGGAAAAUAAACUUCAAAGUGCCCAAGUCAUGGAGACUUGAAAAGGGUCAAUCUGUUUCAACUCUCAAAUUUAUGUAUUCAAAGGAUUUACUUAAAUUCAGAAGCCAGAAGUUCACCGUCAUGAUUACCAGGAGGUUCGGGCCAGAAUGAGUCCUUGAAAGGUCAGGCCAAGCCUGACUUGUUGCAGUUGGAUGACCCUGGCCCAAAAGUCACAGAUCAGUUGCCUUAUUCCUCAGUCAGAUUUCCUAUCCAGAACCUCACGCUAGCUUAGGUUGCAUGUGUCCAUAGGGGCCGUGACUUGACUGGAACCUUUGUCUCAAACCUUAGUUGAAUCAAAGUGGACACCAAAACACAGAUGCUUCUGGCUAGGUUUUGCAGUUAGGCCACUGCAUCUGUCCGUGCAUCCACCCCAACCCCAGUGGGUGGCACUGCUCUUUUGCUAUAGUUAACAUCACCUUUGGAUAGACCCCCGCCCCUCCCAUACAGCCACGUUCCUGCGCUGCAGCAGCCCCUCCGCAGCGGGCGUCCUUCCAGAGAUUUGUAAGGUGGGACUUUGAAUCCUUAAGUUUUCAAGCGAGCCUGUCGGUGUUAGAAGAUGCAUUCCAUACUGUGUGCAUGGAGUGUCCUCAUCUCACCUUGCAGACCUUCGG